AUGAUGGAUAAUGUUUCAGUAAUAACUAUGUUUACUCUGUCAGGCUUAAGUGGGACAAAAAACUACAGAGUUAUUCUAUUUGCUCUGACUUUAUUGUGUUACUGUGUGAUUUGGCUGGUGAAUUUGACCAUUAUUGUGACAGUCAUUGUGGACAAAAAGCUCCAUGAGCCCAUGUAUAUCUUCAUCUGUAACCUGUGCAUCAAUGGACUCUAUGGGACAGCAGGAUUUUACCCCAAAUUCCUCCUGGACCUUCUGUCUACCGCUCAUGUCAUCUCUUAUGCCGGAUGUCUUCUGCAGGGUUUCGUGUUGCACUCUUCAGCCUGUGCUGAUUUCUCUCUUCUAGUACUCAUGGCCUAUGACAGAUAUGUGGCUAUAUGUCGGCCUCUGGUGUACCACUCUGUGAUGACUAAACAGAGAGUUUGUGUGCUUUUGUUUUUUGCUUGGCUUACACCCUUUUUCCUGAUUGCUCAUGAGCACAGUAACAACAUCAACAUUGAGUUAUGCGGCUCACAUAUACCAAAGAUCUUCUGUGUUAAUUGGUUAGUUUCUAGACUAGCGUGUUCUGUCUCCAUAGCAAACAUUGCUUUUCCAGCUUUUAAUUAUACUUUUUAUGUUAGCCAUCUCAUCUCAAUUUAUUGGUCUUAUGUGUGUCUGAUCAGAACAUGCAGGAAAUCCAAAGAGAACAGGAAAACGUUUAUGCAGACAUGUGUUCCACAUUUGUUCUGUUUACUUACUUUUAGUGUGUGUUUGCUGUUUGAUUUGUUGUAUUUUCGAUUUAGCUCAAAAGAGUUAGAACAAAGUGUCCGGAAUUUCAUGGCAAUAGAAUUUCUCCUUAUUCCCCCAAUGAUCAAUCCCGUCAUAUAUGGAUUAAAACUGACACAAAUAAGGAACAGAAUUUUACCAUUUUUAACAUCUCUAGACUAG